AGCUGGGUCGGCGGAGUGUGGAGCCGCGAUGUGUCCGCCCCGCCGUCCGCCCGUACAGUUGCAUGUGGACCGGACCGCGGGCCGGUGGUGUGUACUCGUGUACUGCAGCGACAAGCGUCGCCCUGUGCAGAGACGAGAUGGCCCUGCGGCUGGUGAAGCACGCCUUCAGCAAGUACCCGGUGACGGCCAACGCGGUCACCUUCGGCUCCCUGUACGUCACGGCGGAGCUCUCCCAGCAAGUGGUGACGAAAAAAGUUUUGGCCCCGACGCCCGAACCCAUCGACAAGGCGGCCCUCGGUCGCUAUGCCAUCUUCGGCUGCGGCGUCGGCUCGCACAUUUUGUACUUUUGGUACAAAUGGCUCGACAAGAAGUACGCCGGCACCGCCACCAAGACGAUCGUCAAGAAGGUGCUGCUGGACCAGUUCCUCAUGACACCUCAGCUGCUAGUCGCCUUUUACAUCACCAUGGCCCUGCUGGAGGGCCGCGAGGACCUGUUCGAGGAGAUGCGCAACAAGUACGUCAAGACGUUCCAGACGUCGUGCCUCUUCUGGCUGCCGGUGCAGAGCGUCAACUUCCUGUUCGUGCCGUCCGCUGCCAGGGUGGUGUACGUCGGCACCAGCUCGCUGGUCUGGGCCAACAUCCUCUGCUGGAUCAAGCGCCAGCCGACAGAGCCGAGCCAGGCCAAGCCAGUGCAAGACUGAAACGCAAAGACGCACGCCAUCAAGUAUUAUGAACGUGCCAUAGGACACCUGUGGACUUGGACUUCCAGUGUCGGAAAUGUGCACACUGCCCGCCGCGCCGAUGCACGUGGCUUUCUCGUCGCAGUGCGGCGUUAUUUGUUCAAUUGCUUCGACUAUUAUUGGUGUGUGGGGAGUGGGGGAGGGGAGAACCUGGCUGCCGCUGUCUGGAGGGGCGAGCCGCAGGGCCGCAGGGCCUCGAUGGGCCAAUAGGUUAUCGUCCCCGGCCGGCAGGGCGUGGCAGGGCGCGGCAGGGCGCGCUUCCCGCGCUGCACUCGCCGUGGAGAAGUGCCGGGUGAUAGUGAGCGCUAGUUCGAAACUCGCGUUCGACGGAGCUGCAUGGCCACACGGAGUGAGCUGUGAUCGCUACCAGCAACAACGAAGCCGGGGAACGUGCAACAGGUAGCAUGCCGGGAGUGGGCUUCCCUCCCCGCCUGAAGCGAGUUUGAAUUACAUAGUGUCUAUAUCCAUUCUUGAAAACACGUAGAUUGUUUUUAGUCAGCUAGACAGACCAAAAUCCUGAUUCUUCCGAACCCCCUUUAGAUGUGUUUUAGAUGUUCGUUUUGAGGUCGUGGCAUUUUGACCGCAGACAAGCAAAUUAUUUUUUCUGACUGCCCCUCACUUUUCUUUUCUGGUCUGAACUCCUCCUAAAAAAUGUGGGUUUCGUUUUAAAAAGAAGUGGUGGAUCUAGGUUUGUUUACACAGCCGAGGCACGUGCUGUGUUAUCAUCGUCAGUGCAGGUCUGAACUUGCUGGCGCUGUAUCGCCCUCCCCAGUUGAGUUGAUUACAAAAUCAGGACUUCCUCAGAAAACAAAUGAAAACUGUCCGGCGAUCAGCAAUUUUCUGGCUCGUGCCGAUUUAGGUUUCCUCAUUCUGUGUCUAGCUAAGACUUUAUUUCAAACGCUUAAUUAAACGCAUUAUUCAUCCUUA